ACAAAACCUACACAAGCCGCCGCCCGUCCACUCUCCCGCCACCGGAUCAUCAUCCCCUCCUCCUCCCCCACUUUCUCUUCCUCUCUUUAUUCCCCACCGCUCAGCCGCCGGCCGGAACAAUCCAUUUCGCCUCCUUCGCCAAUUCUCUCCGGUCGUUGCACCAAAGACGCUUUUCUUGUGGUCACAAGCUUCGGAGACGAGUAAGAGGGAGGAAGUGAGAAAGAAAAUUCAAAAUGGUGGUCAGGCUCCGAUUGUCGAGGUUUGGCUGCAAGAACAAGCCAUUCUAUCGAGUGAUGGCUGCCGAUAGUAGAUCCCCUCGAGAUGGCAAACAUCUUGAAGUACUGGGCUACUACAAUCCUUUGCCAGGGCAAGAUGGUGGCAAAAGAAUGGGUCUUAAUUUUGAGCGAGUGAAGUACUGGUUGUCAGUUGGUGCUCAAGCCUCGGACCCUGUCCAGCGGAUUCUGUUCAGAGCAGGGGUUCUCCCUCCGCCACCAAUGUUGGCAAUGGGUCGGAAAGGUGGGCCACGUGACACCCGUCCAGUCGAUCCCCUCACCGGACGAGUAUUGAACACUGAGAAGCCGCCAACAACCCAAUCAACAUCCGAUGAUGCAGCUGGAGCUUCAACUUCAUGAAAACUCAUAUCUCAGGAAGCCACCGCCCACCAGUUUCAAGUCUUAUGUUUCUCUGAUCAUCCACUGCAAGAAAGUGACUUAGUUGAAGCGCGUAGUAGCGUUCAAUGGCUUUUAAAGAGCAACGUGAGAUUAGGAUCAUGUUCUUUUGUUCAAAUUUAUGGUUUUUCAAAACCCUAGAGCAGCAACUUGAAAGCAGGAAUAGGUGGGCAAUGGUAAUAUCUGAAUCUUUUCUCAGUCGAUGUAAUUUCAGUAACUCGAUAUGGGUUUAUAGUUGAUACUUUACGAAGUAUACGAGGGUGCUAUGAUAGUAUGAUUUAAUGUUUGUACGGAGAGGAGAGCACCAUAAAAUUUUACGGUACCUUUGUUCUUUGAAAAGCAAAAUAACCAGGAUUUAUUUUAGAAAGCCGGACAAAAGUCAAAACACGUCCUAGUGC